AUGGCCAUGCUCCUCCUCCGCCGACUCCCGCUGCUCCGCCUCCUCCGGCUGCUGCACACUGAAUCGGCGGCUUCGACCUCCUCGUCCUCCACACCUCCCCCGCCUCUCCAGAAGCCUCACGCCACCGCCGUGGGGCCAGGAUCACGCCGCCUGCGGUUCCCCAAUGCCACGCCCGUCGAGUCGGUGCGGGGGGCUUCGAAAUCGUCCUCCGCUGCCGCCUAUCUCGCUAUCGGCGCGGCCGCCGCGCUCGCUUCGCUGCCGGUGGCCUACGCAGACAGCAAUGAGCAGGGCGCGUUCGACACAGCAGGGAGUGUUGAUCCCGCGGAUGGGGAGGAUUUGGCCCGCAAGGAGAGGAAGAGGAUAUUGGAGCUUGUCCAGAGCCGAGGGAUGCAGCGCGGGUCAUACCCGCAGUUUGAUGUUGCAGUGAAGGGCCAAAAGGUGGUUGUUAAAUUCAACAUGCCAUCUACUUGCAAUGUGUCACACCUUAUCGUUGAUCUUGUAACGCAUAUCGGACUUGAGGCAGAACAACUUGGUGGUGGCUCGGAGGUUCUAGUGUGUGCUUGGGACAGUCCAGCUGCACGUCAAAUCACACUGAACCCUCCCAAGAAGACUAGCACCGGGGAUCACAAUGAAGAUGGUCUCUGUGUUCUGAUAUUUGAGCCACUUAUCGGAUCAGAUUAUUCUGAAAUUGAAUUCAUCAAGUGUGGGAGUUUUAGUUUGAAAGAACUUGAGGCUUUGAUCAGUGCUUUAAAAAUUGCUGGUGAAAAAAAUGUUAAGGGGUCAUCAGGGAAAAACACACCAAGAAAAGGAAAUGGUCAGAGAUCUAAGCAUGUACCCUCUUUGGAGAAAAUUGUAUCUGAUUUAGAGGCUAUGGGUGUUAGAGUCUAUGGAUUUGAUGAAACAUCAAGUGUUCCAAUGGAUGGCACUGUAAUCUGGGAGAACCUUGCAGGAUAUGAACCUCAGAAAAGGCAUGUGCCACCAGUUUGCUAUUCCUUUCCUCUUUUUUACCAGCUUCUUAAUGGACAGGCAAGACAUCUUCAGCUCGAGUUAUUGCCAAACAAGCAGGAGUUCCACUACUAUAUGUGCCACUUGAGGUUGUUAUGUCAAAAUAUUAUGGUGAAAGCGGCGCCUAUUGGGAUCUGUUUUUCACUUGCAAAUGAUCUUCCUGAAGGAGGUAUUAUAUUCCUAGAUGAGAUGGAUUCUUUUGCUAUUGCUCGAGACAGCGAAAUGCAUGAAGCUACACGAAGAAUCUUGUCAGUAAUUCUGCGACAGAUCGAUGGAUUUGAGCAGGAUAGACGGGUGGUAGUCAUUGCUGCAACAAAUAGAAAGGAGGACCUUGAUCCUGCUCUCAUCAGCCGUUUUGAUUCAAUCAUCUGCUUUGGCUUACCGGAUCAGCAAACUCGUGUGGAAAUAGCUGCACAGUAUGCCAAGCACUUGACUAGAUCAGAAUUAGUUCAAUUUUCAUUGGCCACUCAAGAGAUGUCAGGAAGAGAUAUCAGGGAUGUGUGCCAACAAGCUGAAAGACACUGGGCGUCAAAGUUAAUAAGGGGGCAGGUCACAAAAGAUGAGAAGGGAGAGCCGAGUCUUCCUCCAAUUGACGAAUACCUUUCCUGUGCUGAACAGAGACGGAAGUCCUUGCCUGAUAGAACGAGACGGACAUCCAGGUCCCCUGCCCUUAAGUUAGCAUGA